AUGGCUAUGAAUGAAUACACCGAAGAAAUGGAUUCCGAAGACGAUGUGUACCUCCCAUUUCACACGCUGCCUUCCGAAACUAGACGUGUACGCAAGACUUGGUACUGUCUCUGGGGUCCAAAUCCUGAUAGUUAUGCCGUUUUAAUUACACUCAUCAUCACAUCAUGCUCAAUCCUCUCGGCAACAAUGUAA